AUGGAGACAAAUAUACACAUCAUAUCUUUAACAACACUGAAAAUGAGUUCUCUGGCCAUGCAAAUCCACUUUGAUUCCCAGUUUUUCCCAUCACUUGUGUUGUUGAUUGGCUUUACUGUAUCGUUUAUGUUAUACAACACCCUUGUGAGGAAGCCAGAGAGAAUUCGAUCUAAGCUAAGGAAGCAAGGUAUCAAUGGUCCAACACCAACUUUACUACUUGGAAAUAUAACGGAGAUAAAGAAAAAUAGACAACAUACUGUUGCAAAGUCUCCCGUUGAACUAGACCCUUAUGCUUCUCAUAACUGUGCUUCAAUUCUCUUCCCUUUCUUUGAGAAAUGGAGGCAGAAAUAUGGUCAAGUGUUUAUGUUUUCCCUUGGAAACACACAAAUAUUGUAUCUGGAACAACCUGACAUAGUGAGAGAUAUCACCACAUGCACAUCAUUGGACUUGGGGAAGCCUGAAUAUCAGCAGAAAGAAAAAGGGCCGUUGCUUGGUCAUGGAGUUAUAUCUUCAAAUGGGACUAUAUGGGCCAAUCAAAGGAAGAUCAUAGCUCCAGAACUAUACAUGGAGAAGGUUAAGGGAAUGAUGAGCAUAAUUAGUGAGCCUACUAUUUCUCUGCUAAAUAUGUGGAGCAGUAGAAUAGAUUCAGAAGGUGGAACUGCAGAUAUAAAAAUUGAUGACGGCAUAAGAAGAUUCUCUGGUGAUGUUAUUUCAAAAGCAUGCUUUGGAAGCAAUUAUUCCGAAGGAAAAGAAAUUUUCUCAAAACUCGCAGCUCUCCAAGAGAUCAUGUCCAAGAAAAACUUUUCCUCUGGGAUCCCAGGCAUGAGAUACAUUCCAACGAAGAGCAAUAAAGAAUCAUGGGCAUUAGAAAAAGAGGUGAAAAAUUGUAUACUACAAGUGGUGAAGAAGAGAAAGGAAACUGCUAAUGAGAAUGACCUACUGCAAAUGAUUCUUGAGGGUGCUGAGAACAGGGAUCUAUCUCAGGAGGCCACUGAACGCUUCAUUGUUGAUAACUGCAAGAAUAUAUACCUGGCAGGAUAUGAGACCACUGCAGUUGUUGCUACAUGGUGCCUCAUGUUACUGGCCUCAAAUCAAGAGUGGCAAAAUCGUGUUCGUGCUGAAGCACUGGAAAUUUGUGAGGGUAAAAUCCCAGAUUAUGGUAUGCUUCAUAAGAUGAAGCAGCUAUCAAGGGUUAUUCAUGAAUCAUUGCGUCUAUAUCCCCCUGUAGCUGUGAUGUCAAGGGAAGCUUUCAAGGAUAUGAAGUUUGGGAACAUUCAUGUCCCAAAGGGUGUUAACAUUUGGACAAUGGUUUUGAUUGCACAUACAAAUCCUAAUGUGUGGGGACAUGAUGCCUACAAAUUCAACCCUGAAAGGUUUGCCAAUGGGAUCACAGGUGCUUGUAAGAUGCCACAUUUGUACAUGCCCUUUGGGAUAGGACCAAGAGUGUGUCUUGGAAGGGACUUGGCCAUGAUUGAACUUAAGAUGUUGUUAUCUCGGAUUUUGUCCAAAUUCUUUUUCUGCCUCUCUCCUAAAUACAUUCAUUCUCCUAUACUUAGGCCCUUGAUAGAGCCUGAACAUGGAGUACAUUUGCUGGUGAAAAAACUAUGA